AUGAUAACGCCUGGUUUGGGCGAGAUGGGAGAAAUUAGUCUAGUAACUCCCCAAAUUCCAUCAGGAUGGUCUGCCCCAUCCUCUCGAACCCAUACUCCUGCUCCUGCGGCUGUGCCGCCUCAUGUAUACUCCCCUAUGUCGUUUGAUCAGAUGUCAGAUUGUGAACUUCUGGAUAUGGUAGCUCAAAAUAUGAUUAUCCUAAAAAAAGAAUUUUCACAGUUGCAAGGGGCUUACAAAGCCCAAGGAGAUCAAUUAGCCCUACUAAGGGCAGAAUUGGAGGAACAUUGUGAUCAGUCGCAAAACCAACAUAUUUUUUACUCCAAUCAGAUCCAAGGAGCCGCUGCGUCCAUCCAAGCUGUGCAAGAUCAGCUAAAUCACAUGUCCCUCACUCGUUCCACAGCUCCACCUCCACCUCCUCCUCCUGUCACUGCCACUGCCACCAAUCCUCCACCUGCUCCCAUCUCUUUGAAUUCUGAUUUAAAAUUUGCCAAGCCUAAUAAGUUCAAUGGUAAAAAAGAAGACGCCCUUAAUUUUAUCAUUGCUUGUCAGGCUUAUAUCAGGGCAAAAGGAGCAAAUCGUUCUCAUGAGGAAAAAAUUCUGUGGGUUACAUCAUACUUUGAGGGAGCAGCCGAGGAUUGGGUUCGCCCAUACAAGGAAAGGAAGGUGUUCAGGGGAGAGGCAGUGCCCCUUUUGGAAGACGUCGAUACAUUUUGGGCUGAAUUCACUAAGCAUUAUGUGGAUACAAAUUGGGAUGAAAAAUAUCGACAGAAAUGGAACAACUUGCGUCAGAAGGGUUCGGUCCAGGAAUACACUCGUGAAUUCCAACAAUACUCCGUCUCUCUGGGCUAUAGUGAUGAGACCUUGCGCGAUAAAUAUUAUGAUGGCCUUAAGAAUGAAAUCAAGGAUAUAAUGCUAUCGACUAUGUUCCAAUGGCGUUGUGCCACAGCCCAACAAGUAUAUGACAAGGCAGAGGAAAUAGCGAACCAUAUUGAAUCUACUCGUUUAUCUCAUCCAUCUGUUCCUUCCUCUACUACUCGGGUCCCUUCCAACAGUACCUCCCAAUCCACUCCCAUUUCCAGCCCUACUCGCACUCGCCUCAAUGUGGGAGAUAAUGUUUAUAUGAUUGACCCCACCACUUGCCGCGCUAAAAAGGGCGCCAUCACUUCAAUUGUACGCACAACCUCCGGUAAUAUGCCGAACGUUAGGUGGAAUGGCGAAUCUAAAGACACAAUGAUUCCGUUCCCCUCCCUCAAAAAAGACAAGCGUCCUGCCGCGGCUGCCCCUGUCAAACCCAUCAUUGCCCCUACUCCGGUCCUAGCCUCAAGUUCCAAAGGUCCAGGCCCCAUGGAUCUCGAUGGAAGAGGGUUUGCCAAUCUUACUUGCCAUGUAUGCGGUGGUAAGGGUCAUUUUGCGCGCAAUUGCCCAUCUAAGCCCAUGUCAGGCCAUGUGGCCAACGUAGAAUGGUCUUGGGAAAGGCCUAAAGAGGAGAAUCGGAUUGAAGUAGUGUCUGACGAGGAGGAGUUGGGAAAAGGGAAAGCCAAGGCCAAUUAA